AUGAAGGGUCGAAGGUUGAGAAUAAAACCAAGAGAUAUCCUCUCUCACAAAGAAUAUUCCCAACUCUACCCCUCGCAUAUUCUCUCUCCUCAAUUGCCGUUAUAUCACCACUUACUCUUCUUUUUCCUCAUUUCCUCUUCACUCUUGCUUCUCCAUCCAUUCAUUCAUUUUCUGUUUUUCAAUCAAAUUCUCAGUAUGAAGUUUGGAAAGAGUUUGAGCAAUCAAAUUGAUGAGACUUUGCCUGAAUGGAGGGACAAGUUUUUGUCGUACAAAGAGCUGAAACGGAAGCUCAAGCUGAUAGAGCCGAAGGGGCCGUCGUCAUCGGCGGGGGAAGAGGGGAGGGCCAAGAAGAGGCAGAAAGUGGAAGGUGAAUUGGCCGCCGACGGUGGUGGCGAAAGGGUGGUUAUGACGGAGGCGGAGGCAGAUUUCGUCAAGUUAUUGGAGGAUGAACUCGAGAAAUUUAACGCUUUCUUUGUUGAGAAAGAGGAAGAGUACAUCAUCCGAUUAAAGGAAUUGCAAGAUCGGGUCGCUAAGGCCAAGGACCAGAACGAUGAGAUGAAUAAAAUACGGAAAGAAAUUGUCGACUUCCAUGGGGAGAUGGUUUUGUUGGAGAAUUACAGUGCUCUUAAUUAUACAGGACUGGCAAAAAUAUUGAAGAAGUAUGACAAAAGAACUGGUGCUCUUCUUCGCCUGCCCUUUAUACAGAAGGUUGUGCAACAGCCUUUUUUUACAACUGACUUGCUGUACAAGCUUGUGAAAGAGUGUGAGACAAUGCUCGACCGCCUGUUUCCAGUUAACAAACCCCCACCUGAUACUGAGGCAGCUGAUGGAGACGAACCCUCAACCAGUUCCACGACCAACAAUGAAGUAUUGCUUGAAGGCCCAAAAGAACUUGCUGAGAUCGAGUUCAUGGAGAGCCUGUAUAUGAAAAGUGCUAUAUCUGCAUUACGAGUUUUGAAAGAGAUUCGAAGUGGAAGCUCAACUGUGAGUGUGUUUUCGUUGCCACCGUUGCAGCUUGGUGGAUUAGAGGAAGCUUGGAAUAAAGUACCCGUAGAAGAAGUUGCUAAAUAG